AUGCGGUCCUCCAUCUCUUGGGGCCUCCUCCUGCUGGCCGGCCUGUGCUGCCUGGCCCCCACAUCCCAGGGAGAUGCUGCCCAGGAAACAGUCGUGUCCAAGCAUGAACACGACGAGCACUACGAAGCAGCCUGUCACAAGAUCGCCCCACACCUGGCCGACUUCGCCUUCAGUCUGUACCGUGAGGUGGCCCAUCAGUCCAACACCACCAACAUCUUCUUCUCCCCAAUGAGCAUCGCUGUCGCCUUAGCCCUGCUUUCCACUGGGGCCAAGUCUGAAACCCACACCCAGAUCCUCGAGGGCCUGCAGUUCAAUCUCACGGAGAUAACUGAGAGUGAGAUCCAUCACGGCUUCCAACACCUCCUCCACACCUUCAACAAGCCGGACAGCCAGCUCCAGCUGACCACAGGCAACGGGCUGUUCAUAGCUGAUAAUCUGAAGCCAUUGGAGAAGUUUUUGGAGGAUGCUAAGAAGCUGUACCACUCAGAAGCCUUCUCUGUCAACUUUGAGGACACGGAAGCAACAAAGAAACAGAUCAAUGAUUACGUGGAGAAGGGAACCCAGGGGAAAAUUGUAGACUUGGUCAAAGAGCUUGACAAAGACACGGUUCUUGCUCUGGUGAAUUACAUUUUCUUUAAAGGCAAAUGGAAGAAGCCUUUUGAGGUGGAGAACACCCAGAAUGGGGACUUCCAUGUGGACGAGGCGACCACGGUCACAGUACCCAUGAUGCACCGGCUGGGCAUGUUUAACAUCCAUAGGCAGGAGGACCUGUCCUGCUGGGUGCUGCUCAUGGACUACGUGGGCAACGCCACGGCUGUCUUCAUCCUGCCUGACUCAGGAAAGAUGCAGCAGCUGGAGGACAAGCUCACCAAGGAGCUCCUCGCCCAGUGGCUGGAGCACAGAAACCGACGAUCUGCCAGUGUGUCUCUUCCCAAACUGUCCAUCUCUGGAACUUACCAACUGAAAGAACUCUUGGGAAAACUGGGCAUAACCAAUGUCUUCACCAACUCAGCCGACCUCUCAGGAAUCACUGACACAUUGCCUCUGAAGGUGUCCAAGGUGGUGCAUAAGGCCAUGCUGACCAUAGAUGAGAGAGGGACAGAAGCUGCUGGGGCCUCCUUCCUGGAAGCCAUCCCCAUGUCUAUGCCUCCCUCUGUUGAAUUCAACCAACCUUUCAUCACCAUCAUCUUUGAUGACCAUACCAAAAGCCCCCUCUUUGUGGGAAGGGUGGUGAACCCCUCACAGAUGUAA